AACUACAACUGACGCAGACGGAUGUCAGCUGUUUUGUUGCACGCAUCGUAAGCUGAGUUGAUCAUUUUCCAUGAAACAGUUCUGCAGCUUUGUUUCCUCUUGAUUGUACUGUAUUUCUUUGUUUAUUUGGUGGUGAAGAGAGAAGAAAAAAUUGUGUCAACAUAAUUGAAAGUGUGGAAAACUCUAUACAAUUCGAGGUGAUUCAUGAUUGGGCAGUAAUACUGUGAUUUAGAAACAAAAUUUUUACUCAGCUCCGAUAUAAACCCGAGAAAGAGAGACAAAAGGUGGUGUAUGUGUGUGUGUGAACAAAACAUCGCGUCAAAGUGUCGACAAAGGCUUUCUCAUUCAAAGUGGUAUAAGUGUAUGUGUGUGUGCUCUUCUGUGUAAAAAUUAUACAAGUGGACGAAGAAAUCAUUUUUUUUCCCUCCCUGGGUGAACACAUUUUCGUAUCGUCAUUUACCAAGUGGAAUUUAAAGAGAUCCGAGUGGCGUAUUCAAGAGAAACAAAAAUAAUGGCGCAGCCGAGUUCUAGCGCCGUUAGGGCUCUUGCCCUCGAAUACAAAAGUCUCCAGGAGGAACCCGUCGAAGGAUUCCGCGUCAAACUUGUUAAUGAGGACAACAUGUUCGAGUGGGAAGUUGCAAUUUUUGGACCACCAGACACUCUCUAUCAAGGAGGCUAUUUUAAGGCACACAUGAAAUUUCCACCAGAUUAUCCAUACAGUCCACCAAGUAUUCGUUUCAAGACAAAAGUUUGGCAUCCCAAUGUUUAUGAGAAUGGAGACUUGUGCAUAUCGAUUUUACAUCCACCAGUAGAUGAUCCACAAAGCGGUGAGCUUCCAUGUGAAAGGUGGAACCCAACUCAAAACGUCAGGACAAUCCUGUUGAGUGUGAUCUCGCUCUUGAAUGAGCCCAACACAUACAGCCCUGCCAAUGUCGAUGCCUCAGUGAUGUAUAGACGUUGGCGCGACUCCAAAGGACGGGACAAAGAAUAUGAAAAUAUCAUCAGGAAACAAGCGCAGGCUGCAAAAAUGGAAGCGGAAAAAGAAGGAAUUGUCGUUCCAUUAACAUUAGAAGAUUAUUGCAUAAAAACACGAGAAAGGCCUGUCGAACAUCAACUUGACAUGACAGAUUUUUACGAUGACGAAUAUGAGCUCGAUGAUGAUGAGGACGAGCAAUUGAGUGCAAGUGAUUAUGAGGAUGGCGACGAUAGCGGCAACGGAGAGACGUGAUCCAUUUCAUAAAAAAAAAAGAAACAAAAAAAAAAAAAAAAAAAAGUUUGCGAAUAUAAAAACGAACUUUUCAUCCAGUUCUGUAUAGAGUAUUAAAUUAACGAGCUUCUGAACUGGACGCUGCUGUUGCGUGCGAACAUUUUUUUUUUUCGAGAAAAAAAAAGAUCAUGAAAAAAUCGUAAUAGAUUUUUGAAAAAAUUACACAACUUGGCGUCUUUUUAAAUUCUGAAGCUUUUGCUUUGGAGAAGAAAAAAAACUCGUUUUAGACUAUAAGAGUUACCAUAUAGUGGUACUUAUAUAAAAAGAAAAAGGAUUUUAAACGCCUAGAGCGUUAAAAAAAAUACCCGUUUGAUAAAAGCGCAAUGUUUUCUUUUUUUUGGGGGAAUUGUUGCAGCGAUUUGUUUUUUUUUCCUUUCGUAUAGUUGUGCAAUCUACUUGCCCUUUACUUUAUUUUCUUUUUCUAGUUAGUUUUGUUUGUAUAAUGGAAAAUUAACCGCAUCCUUUAAAGUCAUGGUUUUUUUUUUCUUUAAAGGGUUUAGGAUAAAUUUUUUUUCUAAAUUGAAUUUUUUUUCAGAGUUUCAAUAUAAAUUUGAAGUUUUCAAUUAAUGCAUCGAUUUAAUUUAUUAUAAAUUGUUUGUUUAAUUGAAUUCAUUCUUUUGGCAAUAUACUCGAAAUAAAGAUAGCAGGAUGAAAUAUA